AUGUCAAGGGCCUCGUCAACGGAGGCUCCGGCGCUGACUCCUCAGUUCUGUUUUGACGAGAGACUUCUCCGAGACUUUCUGCAACUGUCGAGAUCCACCAUCGAUGAUUCAAUUACUCAGAACCUGAACGCCUUGAUCAGGCCCUCCCGACGGGGAUUCGAUCCAUCGUCUACCGCCGUGCGACAAACCGACUCUGCUGGCCACAAAGCAAUCGACCCAGCAUCUUGUCAAGGCUUCAAAGAUAAUGUAUUGUUUCCGUCGUGGCAGACGCGAUCAAAUGUCCUGAACUACUGUGCUGGCGUAGCAACUAGUCCCGACCCAGAUGAUCCGGACUUGAUUCUGCGGGAAACCGAGUCCGCGAGGGACCGUGAACGUGUGGUGAACGAGCGGCUGGACCCAUAUUCUGCGCGCUUCUUUCCACGAGAAGCAAGGACAGAGUCGCUGGCCAACUUGGUUCGCAACCAGCGCACUGUCGAGGAGAUUAUUCGAGCACGAACCUGGGGCCUGGUGGCUGAGACGUGUAGUGGCUCUUCGGGCACGUGGGAGGAGGCCUUGAACUCGUGGCGCCGGACUCGCCAGCAAUAG